UACUUGGAUGACAAGACAUUAGGCGACGUCGUAUGAUACACCCAUAGCAUUUUUCCUCCCUCAAUUCAAGAUCGUAGUUUGGCGCGGCGAUUGGCGAGCGUCGAUUUCAGACGAUCACUAGCUCCGUUGCAACCCCUCUCUUCUCACUCCGCCAGCUCUCUGCAAUUCUAGGGUUUCAAUUUCGUUCUGUCCACCAUCGAAUCACUUUUUUUUCUUUUGCAGAACUUGCAAUGGUUACAUUCAUCGUUCAGAUGUGCUAGUUUACACACCAUGGACAGCAGUUGCGUAUCUUCUGACCAAGUUGUUGCAGAAUUGAUUGGAAUGGGAUUUGAGUUUUCUGAUGUUACUGAAGCCAUUAAAGCAGUGGGCCCAUCAUUGGAGGAUGCAAUUGAAUUUAUCUUGAAUGGUUCAUGUAGAAAUAGUACCGUUGCUUCAGCAAGUUCUAAAUGUUCUACAAGCAAUGGGAAAGCUCUGGGCAAAAGAGCAUUGUCAGCUUCUCGUUCUUCUGAUCGAAUGCGACAAUCAACUAUAAUGGAACAUCUCCAAUCAACAGGUAGACCCAAAAGAAGCAAAACCAAUACUGAAUCUAAUGUAUCAGUCUCUGGAUCACAGGUGUUGCCCAAGCCUGUGAAAGGAUCAAAUGAGCCUUUUCAUGCCAGGAAAUGCAAUCUGGAAACCACUCCCGAAAAAUCUAUACUGCCAUUUCGCUGCCAAGAAGAGCUGGAUAUUGGACCAGAUUGGGAGCAGAAAGUCAAUAAUCUGCUAUACAAGCAUUUUGGAUAUUCAUCCUUGAAGAGUUUCCAAAAGGAAGCUCUGGCUGCUUGGUUAGCCCACCAAGACUGCCUUGUUCUUGCAGCAACAGGAUCUGGGAAGUCCUUGUGUUUUCAGAUUCCAGCACUAUUAACGGGAAAAGUUGUGGUGGUCAUUUCACCUUUGAUAAGUUUGAUGCACGAUCAAUGCUUAAAGCUAGCAAAACAUGGGGUGUCAGCCUGCUUUCUUGGUUCUGGACAAACAGACAGUAGCAUUGAGCAGAAAUCAAUGAGAGGCAUGUAUGACAUUAUCUAUGUCUGUCCAGAGACAAUUUUAAGACUGAUAAAACCUCUUCAAAGCCUUGCGGAAAGCCGCGGAAUAGCACUUUUUGCUAUUGAUGAAGUCCAUUGUGUUUCUAAGUGGGGUCAUGAUUUUCGGCCCGAUUACAGGCGGUUGUCCGUUUUGAGAGAGAACUUCAGGGCUGACAAUUUAAAUUUUUUAAGAUUUGACAUACCACUGAUGGCAUUGACUGCUACUGCCACUGUUCGUGUUCGAGAAGACAUCCUGAACUCAUUGUGCAUGUCGAAUGCAACAAAAAUUGUGCUGACUUCUUUUUUCCGGCCAAAUCUUCGAUUUUCAGUAAAGCAUAGUAGAACAUCAUCUCCAUCUUCUUAUGAGAAGGAUUUUUGUGAAUUGAUAAAUAUAUAUACCAGAAAGAAAAGGCCUGAUAAAAAGAAGCAUAAUGUGAUGUUACAAGAUCUAGAGCAUGAUUCAGAUAGCUCCAGUAACGCUUCAAAUGAUAGCAUAGUUGAGACAGAUAGAAUGUCUCGGAGUCUUCUGGACACUAUUGUGGAUGAUUCCUUUUCUGAAAAUGAUGAUGAUGUAAGUUCAUCAAAGGCAAAUCAGUCAACUGCUUCAAAUGAGAAAAAGUUGUCGGUUGAAUAUCUGGAAGAUGAGUGUGAUCUUUUAAUGGGUGUAGAUGAUUUGGAUGUUUCCUGUGGUGAAUUCUUUGGUCAAUCACCUGAUAAGGACCCAGAUAUUUGUGGGUUACAUGAGAUAAAUGAUCUACCUAACAAACAGGAAGAAGGAUUAAAACUUCAGCAAGGUCAUUUAGAAGGAUCAACAAUUAUUUAUGUACCUACCAGAAAAGAAACAUUAAGCAUAUCAAAGUUUCUUUGCAAGUGUGGUGUGAAGGCUGCUGCUUAUAAUGCGAAGUUGCCAAGAUCACAUCUGAGGCAGGUGCAUAAUGAAUUUCAUGAAAAUGUCUUACAGGUGGUUGUUGCAACAAUUGCUUUUGGAAUGGGGAUUGACAAGUUAAAUGUACGAAGAAUCAUUCAUUAUGGCUGGCCACAGAGUUUGGAAGCAUAUUACCAAGAAGCUGGUCGAUCUGGGAGGGAUGGGAAAUUAGCAGAUUGCAUUCUAUAUGCAAACCUCUCAAGAAUACCAUCACUUUUGCCAAGUCGAAGAAGUGAAGAUCAGACAAAACAAGCUUACAGGAUGUUAUCUGAUUGCUUCAGGUAUGGAAUGAAUACUUCAAGUUGUCGAGCCAAAAUCCUUGUAGAGUAUUUUGGGGAGGAAUUUAGCUAUCAGAAGUGUCAACUGUGUGAUGUCUGUGUAAAUGGUCCUCCUGAAAUGCUGAAUUUGAAGGCUGAGGCAGAUGUUUUUAUGCGUGUUAUUGUCGCUCAUUAUGGACUGAUCAAUUUUGCAGGCGACUCAUAUGACAGUGUAAUCUCUGUUAGUAACAAAGAACAGAGAUUCAUGGAGAAGCCAAACAUCAGGAUGUUUGUUGGUAGAAUAAGAGAACAGUCUCAACAAUUUGUAGUAAGUGAUGCGCUAUGGUGGCGAGGUCUUGCUCGUAUUUUAGCAGAUAAAGGGCUUAUCAGAGAGGGAGAUGACAUGAUCCGUGUUCAGAUAAAAUUCCCCGAGCCAACAAAACUGGGAUGCAAAUUUUUGCAAUACAAGACAGAGGAACCCUUCUACGUAUAUCCUGAAGCAGAUAUGCUGCUCCCGACAAAAAUUGACAAGCCUUAUUCCAGUUUCUCAGAAUGGGGAAAAGGCUGGGCUGAUCCCGAGAUCCGCCGACAGCGCUUGGAAAGAAAACGAACAAGGAGAAAUCCACGCAAGAGAAAAUCAAGAAAACGUAAUCCAGAUCUGAAAACAGUCAGAGGAAGGUUAGCUUCGAAACUCUCAAAACAGAAACAAUAAACCUUGGUCAUUGAAUUAUUCAACUCACAUAAUCUGUACCGUAGCAAUUGUUUGGAUUGUUCAUCGUUGUAUAUCUAAAUUUUGAAGAGCAAUGAUAUCAAUGGCUAUUUCAGAGUUGAUAUCAAUUGGUGUUGGUUUUGAUCUCCAAUUUUUAGCCAAAUUAUUAUUGUAGUUGAAAUGAAAGUUGGUCAUAUGGCCUCUUUUUGACUAUAUAAGCAAUGAAAAUCAUGGAUAAUUAUUCUGAA